CGCGCGUUUCCGCUUCCGCCACCGCCACGGCAGUCUCGUUGUGACUGGAGUGGAGGCGUUUUCGUUCACCUCUCUGCACUAUGUCCGGCGGCCUUCUGAAGGCGCUGCGCAGCGACUCCUACGUGGAGCUGAGCCAGUACCGGGACCAGCACUUCCGGGGUGACAAUGAAGAACAGGAAAAAUUACUGAAGAAGAGCUGUACGUUGUAUGUUGGAAAUCUUUCCUUUUACACAACUGAAGAACAGAUCUAUGAACUCUUCAGCAAAAGUGGUGACAUAAAGAAAAUCAUUAUGGGCCUGGAUAAGAUGAAGAAGACAGCAUGUGGGUUCUGCUUUGUGGAAUACUAUUCAAGAGCAGAUGCGGAAAAUGCCAUGAGGUACAUAAAUGGAACUCGUCUGGAUGACCGGAUCAUUCGCACAGACUGGGAUGCAGGCUUUAAAGAGGGCAGGCAAUAUGGCCGUGGGCGAUCUGGGGGCCAGGUACGAGAUGAGUAUCGGCAGGACUAUGACGCUGGGAGAGGAGGCUAUGGAAAACUGGCCCAAAACCAUGAUAAAGGCAUUUAUGGCCAUUAACUUCCUUCUCAAACCAGCCUUCAUUGUGUUCCACAGUGCUUGAUGAUAAACAAGGAUUUCCAAUGCAAUAGAAAGGCCCUGCCUGCAUCUUCAAGGAGAACCCUUCACAAAGAUAAAUAAAUUUCACUGGGACCAGAAGUAAAAUGGCGGUCAAAGAGCACUAUCAUAAACCAAGCACUAAUACAUCUCAUUUCAUCCUUAUAACUACCCUGUGUUAGCAUCCCUACUUUACAAAUGGAUACAGGAACCUUAGGGAGGUUAAGGAACUUUCCCAAGUACCCUUAACUAGCAUAUGGCAAAGUGAAGAUUCUGAUUGUGAUAUAGUUAUAGGACUGCAGAAAGUGAACCACUAACUAUUAUGCUGUGCUACAUCCAAAGCAGAAUACCUAUUAUCUUUUCUCUACAAAAGCAGCUUGUUUUUCCCUUUGAAUACCCAUUGGCCAUUUCCCUUCAUCUUUCCCUUUUAAUACCCAUUGGCCAAGAAUUACCCAGAAAACUUCUUAAAAUGAGAAUUAAAUCCAUUAUUCUUUA